AUGCCACGAGUCUUAUUCAGCACUCGACAGUCGCAUCAAGGCAUCUCAAAAGUUAUCUGGGCCUUGCCGAGGGUACUACGGGUAUCCUCUCAACAUGACGAACCCCGUUUGGUCCUCGCCUUUGUCAGACGUGCCUCGUCGCUGGCGUUCUCAUCUCCAGCAUACUCACAACUCCCAGCAUCAGCAAAGAAGGCGAGAAAGGCAGCAGACGUGAUAGCUGUGGAAGACCACGAUAAUGUACCUGAAGACGAGGUCACCUUAUUCUCUCAAGAUUUGAAAGAGGGCAUCGCCGAGACAGUAUCGAGAAAGCGAGCCCUUUCCGAGAGCAGGUCUAUCGAUGUCGAAUACCCAGGCCCAGGCUCACACCUGUAUGGGAAAUGGCGAUCCUUGUCCCUGGACCACGAGCGAUUGCUCAUUGAAUCCGACAUCAACGCCUCAGACAGUCGGCUUGUGAGGCUCAUUGACCAGCCCGGCAAUGAGAGCGACAUUGAGCUAUGGAGCUGCCUGCUGGAAUUUUGCCACCGGUGGAUGGGUCGAGACGGCGUCAUCAUGAUAUGGCAGGCUAUUUCAAAGAGGCGAAAUCUCUAUCAAGUGGAGGGUGCCUUACCCAAGGCAUUUUGGGGGUCCAUCCUCAACGCUGCUGUGACUAGCGACGCCUUUUUGCGAGAGGUGGUUUCCUAUGGGGAGUGGCUCCUCGAGUGCCAUGGGAACCCGUGGCCCCAGCUGUACACGACAGUGAUGUCUUUCAUGCUAGCGAACCGUCCCAAAGCCGAGGUGUUGCGUUGGCACAUAAUUCUGACGCCCUCAUUUGGGUCCGGCGAGGUUGAAUUCGUGAACAUGUUGAAGAGGUUCAUCACAGAUCCCGACCCCAAACUGCAGCAGACGCUGCAGUCGCUUUACAUGUGGAGUGUGUACCGCAAGCUCUACGACAUCUUAAUUCCGCACCUAUACGACAAAGGCCACGCAAAUCUGGCCAUCCUAUGGCGGCGACUCCUCAUUGCACACGGCGAUACUCCAGCGAGUCUCGCUGCCCGGCCCUUCCUGCGGUAUCUUGGUGCAUAUUUCCCGCAAACAUCCUUGUCGGAGGAAGAGCUUUCGAUUGCUGGACUUGUCCCGCAAAGUCAAAAAGGUUCCAAGAGUGGGACAGUCAGCCAGAGCCUGCGUGCUCAGACAGCCAUCAACGGCCAGAACCUGAGCUAUCUCGUCAAUCGAGUGCAUGGGGAGACGUUCGGCAUUCGAGAAAAGCCUUACAACGACAAGCUGGGCUCGAAAUGGUUCGCCAGCACCUGGGUUCCCCUGGACUUUGCCGUAAGUGUCAUUUACACGAUGGGUGUUCACAAUAUCGGCCCAUUAUCCUUGCAAUCCAUUGCCCUGCGCGAGAACGAUGCGCAGGGAGUACUCCACCGCUUAGAUCAGCUUCACCAGCUCAAGAUUCAGUUGCCCGAUACGAACUACGUAGCUGCCAUCCGGCACUACGCCAUGGUCGGCGACAAUGAGGCUCUUUCUGAGUUGCUUCAUUGCGACAUACAUCCGGAUCACAGAAGACUGGGAAACAUAUCAAUUGGUUCUCAAGACAAGAUUGGCUGUGACAUCGCAUUCAGUAUCUAUCUCAAGCGACAAGGUUCUUCAGUCAUGUGCGCGUCAGGGCAAUGGAGCAAUGGCGUUAUCACUCCUUCAAGGAAUGUGCUCGCGAGAUCUUCAACCGACUUCGAUGACGAGUCACAUGCUUUCGAGCCUCGUUCUACAGAGCCUGUCACCGCAUGCAAAAUUGAAGCGUGGCAGACACUGCUCUACCGUCUUGGUCGAGAAUACAGGCUUGUUGACCUUGAGCGGCUGUCUCUUGAUAUACUCAGAUUAUUUGUCAAUUACGCAAAAUCUGACAAGCCAAUGUGGGUUUCCCAUAUGGCAGACAUACCACAGAUCCUUCGCUUCGAAUCACCGUAUCAGCACUUCCAGAAGCUCCCACGCGACCUUGACGUCAAUCAUGAAGGCCACCCUCUUCGCCAGAUCUUCGACAAGAAUAUGCAGUCGUCAAUAGUAAGAUGGGGGUUUUCCCACACUCGUUAUGGUCAUGAAGCUGAAUCGACUGCGAUCACCAUUCUGCAUGGCGAAGAAGGCGAAUUCGUGGAUCCAGCCGACUUCCAUUUCGCUCGUGGGAUCCGGCUGCUUGCCAUGCUUCGGGACCAGGGCCUGAAUAUUCUCUACGCGACGGUACGGAAACAAGUUAUCCUGCGCCUGGUGGACUUGUACCGCGGCGGUGGGGAAGCAAGCUAUGAAUGGGUGGGAGGUAACGCACGAUUGAAGAUAAAACGGGCCAAAAACUCGCUCAGUCUGUCGGAAGCAAAGAAGCUUUGUGAUAUGGCUUGGGGCAGAGAGGUGGUGCCCAGCCUGCCCGAGCUUAUGAAUGCCUUGGAGAAAGCGAUGCGGGCUGACAAGUUGAACGACAUUCAGGCUCGGUUGAGAGCCCUUGAAGACUGGCCAUCCGAGACUAGUCAUGGCAGAUGA